AUGGCUGAAGUGACAAGACCACCCACCAAGGCAUGGGCAACGCUAGCGCACUUGCUGCCCUCGGCGGGCCCUGAUUGUGACUAUUGGUGGAAGUUGACAGGCCUGCAUCUGUCUAAAAUGGUCGAAGCAGCAGGGUACACCACAGAUCAGCAAUAUGAGGCACUUCUGUUCCAUUAUCAUUGGAUCGUUCCCUAUAUGGGCCCCGCGCCCGGGCCAGAUGGCACCUUCAAAUGGCAAUCCUUGCUUGGAGUAGAAGGGUCUCCGAUCGAGUAUUCUUGGAAAUGGAAUACUGCAGGAGGCAAGCCCGAUGUCCGCUACACUAUGGAGGCAAUAUGCGCCGCUACAGGGACCCUUCUGGAUCCUUUAAAUCAGCAAGCCACGCUUGAGAUGUUGCACCGCAUUGCAGACUUCGUGCCAACAGUUGAUCUUACCUGGACAAACCAUUUCUUUGCCACGCUCUUCGACCAUGACCGGUCUAAGUAUAUGCAAGAAGCCGCAGCAGGUGCACACUUUACCACUUCGGUGGUAGUGGCCGCGGAGUGGCUCAAGGGCGGCCUGAAUCUCAAGACAUACUUCGUCCCCCGUCGUCUAGGUCAAGCAGAUGGAAAGAUGCCCAUGGCCCAGUGGGAGGAAUCGCUCGUGAAGAUUGAUCCGAACAGCGCAGCUAGAGCUGCAAUGCACGAUUUCCUUAACACUAGCCCGGAAGGAAAAUUGCUAAGUCCCUUCAUGCUGGCUGUUGAUAAUGUCGUCCCUGAGAAGUCGAGACUGAAGUUUUACUUCCAGUCUCCGCAUACUAGCUUUGCCUCUGUGCGAGAGAUUAUGACUUUGGGAGGUCGCAUUCCGGUCCCCGAAACGCACUUCCAGGAACUCCGCAGUCUCAUCUCAGCAGUGACGGGCCUGGACGAGAACUACCCCGAAGAAGUUGAAAUCCCCAGCAUGUCAGACUACAACCCGGCUGCAAAAGAUAACUUCGUCGAGAUCGAUAUCUUGCUAACCGGUUAUCUAUACUACUUCGAUAUCGCUCCUGGGGCAUCUCUGCCGGAUAUCAAAUUUUAUAGUCCCGUGCGUCGGUAUGGACCUGACGAUGGGGCUCUUGCAAAGGGCAUCACUGAGUGGAUGACAUCUCGCGGACGGGGUGAGUAUGGUCAGAGAUACAGGGAAAUGCUUGAAGAUCUCACUGAGCACCGCAAAUUGGAAGAUGGAAAGGGUAUGCAGACAUAUGUCAGCUGUCUGUUCAAGAAGGGCCAAUUGGAUAUCACUUCCUACAUUGGACCGGAGGCAUUUGAUCCUGUUCGGUUUUCGAAGCCUGAAGUGCAUACUCCCACUCGGCGUACCCGUAGACGAAGCGACAGUCAGUGA